CGAAUUCAUUUCCACCAUUCACUCUCUGGGUUAUAGAUCGCUUGACUCUGUCCAGCAAUCGUCCGUCAUAACUCGCGGUCCUUUAAAAUCAUUAUGACCCCAAUCCACGCCACGCGUCUCGACACUUCUCAAAAAGACAUCCGCUUGCUCGAGCUUCUCCCGGCCAACAGUCUUCAAGACCCCAUCCAAUGCAGACUGUACAUAACUCAACUGUCAAUGGAAACGGAGUAUACGGCCUUAUCAUACGUCUGGGGAGAUCCGAAUGUUACCUCUCCCAUUGCUGUCAACGGCGUUCCCUUCCAUGCAACUCACAACCUUUGCGCUGCUCUAAGACGCAUACGAUCUAAAUCCAACCUCUCCACGACGCUUUGGGUAGAUGCGAUAUGCAUCAACCAGUCCGACAAAGACGAGAAAUCGUCUCAGGUUCAGCUGAUGACAGAUAUCUACCACAAUGCCUUGCUCGUCACUGUCUGGCUGGGGGAAAGCGACAGUACACCGAUGAGGCAAUCGUUCUCAUCAAGCUUACGGCCUAUCUCCAAAGAUCUCUUGAAAUAAAGGGGAAAGGCACUCUACUGCCAAUUAUCUUCUGCGUACCGUUUCAUCCGCUUUUUCCAAGUCCGACCUGAGAUCACUCGCCCUUCUCAAAUUCUUCUCUCGCCCCUGGUGGAGUCGUGUCUGGGUUGUUCGAGAAGUUAUCGUCUCUCGGCGUGCAAAUAUUGUAUUCGGAACGAAAGAGAUCUUGGAGUGGAAGAGUUUGAGCUUCAGAUGAUGAGUGCACUUGUCGAUAGGCCAGUUUGCGACGACUGAUGUACGAAUAUCUACACCAAAUGUGCCCUAUAAGCAGAAAGGGGAAUGGAGUUGAAGACUAUGUUCAAGCUCGCCUGUUGGUAGAUAUUCAAACAUACUCUUUACUCUCUCGAAAAGAUAAUGUCAGAGGACGUGUUACG